AUGCCAUUGAAUACGCACAAAUUUGUCAUAAGAGCGGAUCGUACCCCAACAGGUGAACAAGUGCGAAGAUUCAAUGCACCCAUCGUUGAUGAUGUUGCUGCAAUUAUUGUUAACGAUCCAACUACAUCACGAGACAUUGUCGUUCAGCGAAGAAGCAAUAUCAUGCAUCGUGUAAACGAGACACAUCGUUUGCACGAUGCGUUACAAUAUCCCAUCAUUUAUUGGCAAGGGCAAGAGGUAUACGACAUCACGUUGAAGAUGGUCGAUCCAGUUACAGGCGUAUCAACGAACCAAAAUCUAAGCGCAAUGAAUUACUAUGCGUAUCGUAUGAUGAUUCGUACACAUGAGGAGAAUGUCAUUCUGAAGUGCCGUAUGUCAGGGUCGAGACCGAUCGUUUAG